AUGUCCCAUGCGACGACACCUACCAAAGGUCCUUCGACCGUCGAUUGUGAAGUCUUAACAGACAUUCACACACAAUCAGAUUUAGCCGAAGUUGAAAUAGUUAGCCUUGUACAAGAAUUAAUUCCACGAUAUCGUCUACGUGCCGACACUGACUUUGCUUGUUCCAACGAAGAUUUCAUUCAAACGCCACGUAUUGACGGCUCUGAAUUUGAACCGUUAACAAAUACACAAAUUCGUGCACUUUUAGAUUAUUACGUUUUAUCCAAAGAUCGAAUAAGCCAAAUGACAAAAACGUAUCAUGAUAUAAGUGCUGUAACUCGCAUGCUGGAAGAUCGCGAGAAUGAUUUACAAAUGGCUGUUAGCGUAGGUUAUACUUUACUUGAAAGUAACGAUUCAUUACGUAAUCAAGUGACUACACUCGAGCAAGAUAUCGAACAAACAACCGAACUCGUUAAACAACUUAAACAUGAUUUACUUCUCAAAGAACGUCUUAUUCGAUUUUAUUAUGAUAUGGACCUAGAUGCAUCACCAACCGAACCGAAGCAAAUAGAAUGCAAACAUUAUGAACAAAAAAUUCGUAAUCUCGAAUAUGAAAAUCGGGAUUUACGUGCGGAAAGUGUGCAAUUAAAAAUUGAAGCAGAAAAUUUUGAACAUCAUGAACAAGCGAUUGUUGAUCAUUUUGCGAAUGCACUAGCUCAUGCUAAUUCCGAAAUUGAGAAUUUACAAGAAGAAAUUCAGAAAAAGAAUGAAGAAAAUCUCAAACAACAAGAUACAGUCAUGCGGUUAUCUUGUGAAAUGCGUGAUGUUCAUCGACGAUUAAAAGAAUUAAAAAAAGAAAAUAAUGAAUUAAAAAUUCUUUUAUCACUAACCGGAAAAACGUGUCAUGAAUAUGAAACUAAAAUUGAAAAUUUGGAGAGAAACUAUAGUGAAUGUUUAUCGAAACUUCAUAAAUCUCAACAAGAAAUCAAUGCUAUGCAAAAAACGUUUCUUCCAAGUUCUCCAUCAUCACCUAUGUUAGAUAUGGAUGCCAGUCAUAAUCAUACGAUAUUUUUAUCUCCAGUAGAAUAUGUAAAUUAUAUGAGUCUUGAAAAUUCUCUAAAAUCAGAACUUGAAGAACUACGUGAAGAUCCACAUCAACUUUGCCAUUCAGCAAUCAACACACCGAAACGAAAGUCGCGUCAUCGAGCUAAAUGUGGUCCAUGUGAUACUGAUGGAGAAUCAUCAAUAAAUGAUUCUGCAUUUAGUGAUACUGAAAGUAUUAGCAGUGCUUCGUCAUCUCGUAUACGUCCGCGAUCUUCUCCUAUUCAUAUAGAUGAGCCAAAAUCAAUGUCAUUAACAAGUGAUCGGAGGUUAACAACAGGAAUAUCAUCUCGAUUAAGACUUGUUAAACGAUUGGAAGGAUCGAAUAUGUUAAAACGAUGGCAAGAAUUAGCUGAACCCAAGUUAUCUUCUUGCCUACAAUCGAUACCCGGUGUGUAUACACGUGCUGAAAUCUUGCAGGAAAGUAUUGCCGAUCAAGAUGAUGAAGAUUUACCAACACCACAAAAUGAAGCAGAAGAUCGAUUAUCAAUGAGCCUGGAAAAACAUUCACCCGAAACACCUAUUCAUUCUCAUUUUAGUUUAACACGUCGAAUGAAUCUUGUUGAGCUAUUAACGAAACAGGGAAUAACUGCACGUACGAUCGAUUCCUAUUCUGAAUUCGAAAAAGCUUUUUUAACAUGUCCAUUACCAAAUCGUCUACCGAAUUCCACGAAUGAAGUUAUUCCUGAUCCAGAUGAAACUGACAAAUAUGAUGAUGAACCAACAACUCCUCCAUCUUCACCAACACAAGGUGCUCAAAUACAAACCAGUACGCUUCUACAUCAAGUCGUCGAACGUUUAGUUAAAUUAUCAUUAACUACAUUGAAAACAAUUACAACAUCUCUGACGUCAUCGAUUGAUCAAGAUCAAAUAGAAAACAAUGAAGACGAACUUCGAUUACGUACAGUUCUCACAACAACGCCACCGUCGUCACCAACAUUUGAUGAACUUGUCGCACCAACACCCAAUACAGCUCUACAUGCGAUAAAAACAAGUACAUUUCUACGUGCUUCAUCAUUGAAUCCGUUUACAAAAACAUCGAUGCAAAAUGCGUUGACGACUUUAUCACCGAGCGACAAACCAUCGCUUGUUGAUGAUUUCAUUCGAAGACGAUUUCGAUGA